GGCCUAAUAUCCAAUCUCCAUCGUUCAUUCUUCGCACUCAAACGCAUCCCUUGCAUCGUAGCCGUCCGUGCGUUGUGCCGCACAUGAUAUGAAGAUAAACAUGAUGGCGUUCUCGUAAUUAGAGCCCCGAAAAUGGGCAUACUCGUCGUUGAUCCUUCAGAUUUAUGUUAAAAGAUCUCCGAACAAAUAUCUCCGUCAGUGAGCCACUUCGCUCGGGCAGAGAGAGAGAUAGAGAGGAUGGGCAUGGAUGAAGGAGAGGAAGCAGCACGGAGCACAGGGAAGAGGCUAAAAUCCUCCAGGUUACGAGAGGACGAGAAGGUGGAGAUGGAGGAGGAAGAGGAGGAUCAGGGCGAGCUUCUUUUGAAGCCUGGGAGCUUCUUCUACCCGAUGACACCGUCGGCUUUCGUUGUCUCAGACGCUUUAGAGCCUGAUUAUCCAAUUAUUUAUGUCAACACCGUCUUCGAAAUCUUCACGGGCUACCGUGCCGAUGAGGUCCUUGGUAGAAACUGUCGGUUCUUACAAUAUAGGGACCCACAUGCUCAAAGACGGCACCCUUUGGUGGAUCCUGUUGUUGUUUCUAAGAUCAGAAUAUGUUUAGAAGGAGGCCUUGAGUUCCAAGGUGAACUCCUCAAUUUCCGAAAGGAUGGCACCCCUUUGGUAAACAGACUGCGUCUUGCACCUAUACACAGUGAUGAUGGAACUAUUACACAUAUAAUUGGUAUUCAAGUGUUCUCUGAAGCAAAAAUCGAUUUGAAUAGUGUCUCAUAUCCAGUUUUCAAGGAAACUUGUUUUGAGCAAUAUGAUCAAUCGGGUAAAUGUUCUCCGAUGAGUGGACAAUCACUAUACAGUCAGCAUCAAGAAGUAUGUGGAAUCCUUCAGCUCUCCGAUGAAGUUCUUGCUCACAACAUUUUGUCGCGUUUGACCCCAAGGGAUGUUGCAUCCAUUGGUUCUGUCUGCAGAAGAAUUCGGCAAUUAACGAAGAAUGAGCAUGUGAGAAAGAUGGUCUGUCAAAAUGCAUGGGGGAGAGAGGUGACGGGCACAUUAGAACUCAUGACCAAGAAAUUAGGGUGGGGUCGGCUGGCUAGGGAACUGACAACUCUUGAGGCUGUUUGUUGGAGGAAGCUAACUGUUGGAGGUUCAGUUGAGCCUUCACGCUGUAAUUUCAGUGCAUGUGCUGCAGGGAAUCGGCUCGUACUGUUUGGAGGGGAAGGAGUUAACAUGCAGCCAAUGGAUGACACUUUUGUUCUCAAUCUUGAUGCUGCAAAUCCAGAGUGGCGACGGGUGAGUGUGAAGUCAUCCCCACCAGGGCGCUGGGGCCACACACUUUCAUGCCUGAAUGGUUCCUGGUUGGUGGUAUUUGGAGGUUGUGGGAGGCAGGGGCUGCUCAAUGAUGUGUUUGUUCUCGAUCUGGAUGCAAAACAGCCAACAUGGAAAGAAGUCUCUGGUGGAACUCCUCCUCUCCCCAGGUCUUGGCAUAGCUCUUGCACUGUAGAAGGCUCUAAGUUGGUCGUCUCCGGAGGAUGUACAGAUGCAGGGGUACUUCUCAGCGACACAUACUUGCUGGAUCUGACUACAGAAAAGCCUAUGUGGAAGGAGAUACCUACCUCAUGGGCUCCUCCUUCGAGACUGGGUCACUCACUCUCAGUUUAUGGAAGAACGAAAAUUCUUAUGUUUGGCGGACUUGCAAAGAGUGGGCACUUGAGAUUGCGAUGCGGUGAGGCCUACACCAUUGAUUUGGAGGAUGAAGAGCCACAGUGGAGGCAACUGGAGUGUAGUGGUUUCACUGGAUUAGGCUGCCAGAGUGCAGUGGUUCCUCCUCCUAGGCUUGAUCAUGUCGCGGUAAGCAUGCCUUGUGGCAGGAUUAUUAUUUUUGGUGGUUCAAUUGCCGGGCUGCACUCUCCCUCCCAGCUCUUCCUUUUGGAUCCUUCGGAGGAGAAACCAUCAUGGAGGACUCUGAAUGUUCCGGGGCAGCCGCCUAAAUUUGCCUGGGGCCACAGCACCUGUGUGGUCGGGGGAACUAGGGUCCUGGUCUUGGGCGGCCACACUGGGGAGGAAUGGAUACUGAAUGAAUUACACGAAUUGUGCUUAGCAAGCAGGCAGGACUCCGACCCUUGAUGAGAUCAUGAUUUGCAUGUGUCAUGGUGAGUACAUAUUUUGUUCGGAAGAUCUUGCUUCUGGCCUCGGUCACUUCUUGUAGUUCUACAGUGAUGCCGUCUGACCACCUCCCAGAUCAUAAUGUAUGUAUGUACUUGUUUGGAUAGGAGCUGUGCUGCAUUGCAUUGUUUAAGUCGUCAUCUUCUUUUAUUUUAACUGAUUGAAAUACAUGGUUUCUGUACAAUGUGAACAUCAUCUGUGAAUGUGUAUUGAGCUGUCUGUAUUCUACGC